CAGACCAAUACAGAACACACAUAUCCUAUCAAGUGAUAGCGUGUGCUCAUUAAGCUAAGCGUGAGUUCCAAGUUGAUUGGCAUAUCAUGCUUACUAUACAUAGGCAUGUCUACUUGUAAGCAGUGCCGCCGAACUACAGAGUCUCGGUAUUGCCCCAGACUCACAGCUAUUGACUGUUGACGAAUCCCGUAUUUCCCACAUAGGGAUCCUGUUCAUUGAACAUGUACAUAUAUGAGAGCCUGUUAGGCCACCCUGGGGGGGAUCGCUCUUCCACCCCCUUUGUGCUGCUGUUAUCAUAGGACUAACCUCUAGACGUGUUGCACGUCGUCCGUUCGUUGUUUAUUUUCAGUUACGUAUUGGAACACAUACUACAGCCAAAGCCAUGGCCCCAUCCCUCCUCAAAGCAGUUGGCGCUGUCGCCGUUACCUUCGCUGCUCAAACCAGUGCUGCCAAGUCAUACAAGGUCUCCGAGGUCUAUAACUCGACAAAUUUCUUUGACAAAUUCGAUUUCUUUUCAGAUACUGAUCUCAACGGUGGUUACGUCCAAUACCAAAGCCGAGCAGACGCAGAAAGCCUCGGCCUCGUUAAGUAUCAAGAUGACCAGGUUUAUGUUGGUGUAGAUCACACCCAGGGUGACUACCUCCCUGACGGAGUUGGUCGCAAGAGUGUUAGAUUAGAAAGUAAAACCGUAUACAACCAAGGUCUUGUAGUUGCAGACUUUAGUUAUCUCCCUGAACCCGUCUGCGGCUCGUGGCCUGCGUUUUGGUUUUUUGGUGAGCCGUGGCCAACGAAAGGCGAAAUCGAUAUCUAUGAGAACUGGAAUGAUCACACAUUCAACCGUCACACUGCUCACGUUGAUGUGCCAGAAGUUGUUGGCGACUGCAUACUCACAGCAAACGAUAUGACGGCAACGAUCGACUCUCCUAACUGUUAUGACUUUGCUGAUGGCCAAUCUCCGAGUCAAGGCUGCUCUGCCUCAGAGUACAGCACUACCUUUGGGUCCACCACCGGGGGUGUCUUUGCGAUGGAAUGGACUGAAGAACAUUUAAAAAUAUGGGACUGGCUCCAUGAUGUUGCCCCCGUAGACGUGUUGAGCGGUAAUCCUUCCCCUAGCCUCCUCUGGGGCUUGCCGUCGUACACGAUCCAGAGUUGCAACAUCGACAAGGCUUUCAAGGAUAUGAAGAUGAUUCUGAAUAUCAACUUUUGCUCAGUCGCUGGCCAGACAGAAAAGUGGGAAGAAAGUUGUGCGAGUAAAACUGGAUAUUCGACCUGCACAGCUUACGUCGCUAAGGAGCACGAUAGCUUUGAACAAGCCAACUUCAAAGUAAGGGAUAUCAAGAUUUACCAAUUGGCAGAGGAUCAAACCUCAACUUCCUCGGCCGCGUCUAGCAUGUUCAGCACGUCUAGCAUUGUUUCGACGGCUUUGAUGGCUUCGAUUACCUCGUCAACGGCUUUAAUAAGCAGCUUCUCUGCCUUGAUCUCCACACAGGAUGUUGCAUCUAGCAGCGCUAGUUCGGUAACAAAAACCUCCUCUGCGUCGUAUAACACUGCGUCCUCAACAGUCUCGGACGACAACGGCGAAACCACGAGCUUGUCUGUGGUAUCACCAACUGUGAGCGUAUCUGCUACCACGACUGAUGCCUCCAAGAUUACGCCCACUUCUUCCGCUGCUGAGCUGACCACCUCAACUAUCUAUACAACCAGCGUUCACACCAUCACAUCGUGCCCCCCAACAGUUACGAACAGCCCGGUGGGCUCCGUCACUACCGAAGUAAGCGUUGCGACAACACCAUAUCCUGUCAACGGCAAUAGCUCCGUCUCCAAACUGGUUUCAAGCUCCAGCGCUUCUGGCACAGUUGGGCCCACGACUAUCCUGAGCUACCCCAUCGCGAAUACGAGCGUUGCGAGCACGGCGAAGACUGAGAGCACGACAACGCUACCGAUAGCUGAUACAGCGACCACGGAGGCAGCAAGCCCCGCGACUAGCUGUACAGGAGCUGGAUGCGGUGUCGUAGAAGUCGGUGCCGGCAUGAAGACACAUGCGAGCUUGUCGCUCGUAGGCAUGGUGGUUUUUUUGUUGGCCUUAUAGGCAUCCAUGUAUGACAUCCAAUUUGCCAGGAAAAAAGUUGAUAGAUGAAUCGGCUGUAAAAUCUCAUACUCAAUUUGUUUCCGGGGUGUAUGUUGGAUAGAUAGAUAUUUGUUUCCUAUUAAUGUUCUCAAUUUUGUAUGUAAGCUGGAUAGAUGAUAAUACAUAUGUACGAUAUGCAAUUGGAUCCAUGUUCAUACUUACAAGAUACCCACUGCACGUAGAGGGUACAAAGUAGUUACUGGUAGCCCGGCAC